UCAGGUUGCUAUGAAGAAACACAUGGAGGUGGGGCUAGUACUUUUCCCACUCUGUAUUGCAUGUUCUUUUGUUGCUUCAUCUCUCCAAUAAAGGAACUUAAACUUCAAGUCUUCAUGAGAAUGUGCAUUAGCAUCCAGGAGCUCCCUCACACCAGCUGACUUCACAAGGUUCUCAUCAGUAAGCAUCCAGACUUAAAAAAAAUGGCUGACCAAUGGCAGGAAGCUUAUGACUUUGCUGUUCAAGUGGCAAGAGCAGCUGGAGCGGUAAUUAGGAAAGCUGGGGAGUGUGAAAUAAAGGUGCAGACAAAGAGCUGCACAGUCGAUCUCGUCACCCAGACUGACGAGAGAGUGGAGAAAAUCAUCAUUGGGUCUCUCAAAGAACAAUUUGGAGAAGGCACACACUGUUUCAUUGGAGAAGAGUCGGUGGCAAAGGGGGAGCCGUGCAUCUUAACUGAUAAACCCACAUGGAUCAUAGACCCUGUGGAUGGCACCACAAACUUCGUGCAUGGAUUCCCGUUUGUGGCCGUGUCUAUUGCCUUUGCAGUCAAUAAGGAGUUGGAGUUCGGUGUGAUUUACAGCUGCUUGGAAGACAAGAUGUAUAAAGCGAGGAAGGGGCGUGGAGCGUUCUGCGAUGAUGAACCCAUUCAGGUGUCCGAUGUAAAAGAUAUCCACAAGUCCAUUAUCAUCUCUGAGCAUGGAACUGACAGGGACAAGCAGAAAGUGAAGAAGAUCUUCUCCACGAUGCAAAAGAUCCUCUGCAUCCCAGUGCACGGGCUCCGUGGGUCGGGGACAGCUGCCACUAACAUGUGCCUGGUGGCGUCCGGGGCGACGGAGGCCUUCUUUGAGAUUGGGAUCCACUGCUGGGACAUUGCUGCUGGAGCAGUUAUAGUCAAAGAAGCCGGUGGAGUACUCCUGGAUGUUGACGGGGGACCUUUCGAUUUGAUGUCCCGAAGGAUGAUUUCAGCCAACAACAUGGUGAUUGCUGAAAGGAUCAUCAAGGAAAUUGAAAUAUUCGAUUCGGUGAGAGACGACGCUCCAAUUCAGAAGAAAUGAGAACUUCCAAAUGCAUUGUGGAGUAAAUACCACAGAAAUGGUCUAUCCAAUUGCUGUGUGUCCUUAAUAAAACGUGCUGUUAUUAUACUGAUA